AUGGCUGCGCCGGCUUUUCUACAACAAUCGCAACCUUUCAGGCCCUCCAACACCCAGGCACCGUUCCUCUCGUCCGUCAACCCCUUUGAGCGCGAUGCGGCUAUGCCUGUCGGAACGCCAUACGCCAACCCGUCUUCUGUGGCGGCCUCUGUUCUAAUUCGUCGCCUUCCGCUGAACACUUCGGAAGAAUCGCUUCGACUCAUGGUGGUUUGGUCCAAAGAGCUUGUUGACGUUGAAGUGCUCCCCGUAGAUCAAUCAGAAGACAAGGGAUUCCGCUCGGCCGUCCUGAAGUUCCGGACUACGAAUGGGGCAAUCGAAACAAAGAAUAUGCUAAACGGGAAAUCCAACAUUUCUAACGACGCCAAUAUGAUUGUCGAGAUUCUCGGAGGCAGCCCAACCACGUCGAGAAGGUACGCCGAACCCGCAGGGACCGGAUCGUCGAGCACUGCAUCCUCCGCGGCCUCUUCAGCCCCAUCCUCGCGACAACCAUCACGAUUCAACGGCGGAUUCCAAUCUCUCGAAAAGAUAUCGCCACCUAUGAAUGGUAUAUACGGCUCCAGCGAAUUGCCCAACCCAGAGUCCAGCGCGCACUACCAGAACCUGUUCUCGCCUCAGUCUCCUAUCGGAAAUCACCUCACAGAACGGACACGCAUCUCUGGGAAAUCGUUGAUUAACAAUGAUGCGGCUGAUGAUGACGAGACCGGCGAGCUCUUGAAGGACCCAGUCGCCUACGCGGAAAACGGAGCUACGGCUCAGAGAAGAGCCACCGCCCCACAGUUGCCCAUAUCGCGUUUGGCGAGCCUGUCCCUCAACACCACCAGCACAACACCAAGCCCAUCGUCGCUUCCGCAGUACGGUCAGCAAGGAAUGGCAGCGAUGUCGGCUCACCCAGUCAUGUCACCCACUGUGAUGGGCGGGGGGCCACAUACUGUACCCUUCCAUAUGGGAACUGGUCCUUACGGCCGCCACAACUUCCCCCCGGUCAACCCUGCUGACCAGAAUCCACCUUGCAACACUCUCUACGUGGGCAACCUUCCUAUCGACACGUCUGAGGAAGAGCUCAAGGCCAUGUUCUCCAAGCAACGGGGCUACAAGAGGCUUUGCUUCCGGACCAAGCAGAACGGGCCCAUGUGUUUUGUGGAGUUCGAGGAUGUUUCCUUUGCUACCAAAGCUCUCCAUGAGCUCUACGGACAUCCGCUUCACAAUAGCGUAAAGGGCGGAAUUCGCCUCAGCUUCUCGAAGAACCCCUUGGGAGUCAGGUCGGGUCAGACUCCAGGUCAAUCAACGUCUCCAAUGAGCGGCAUGAUGACAGGUUCCACGAAUGGGUUCAAGACCACCAACGGUCCUCCUCCAGGACUUUCAGCACCACCUGGUCUUGGCUCUGGGCGAUUCAGUAACGGCUCCUCGGGCACACCACCUUACGCAGUUGCUGGCUUCCCAGCAAGCGGUAAUAACAACGUGUGGAACGGGUACAACAGCAAUACCAUGACUGCUGGUGGGCCUGGUUCCAUGAUGAAUGGAAACAACUCAAACUACCUGCCACCUCACAUGCUUGGCAGGUAA